AUGGUGCCACCGCUGGGAGGGGAAACUAAAAUGGAGGGGGGAAGUAGCAACAAAGAUAAGCUGUUCUUUAAGUUAUAUGAAUAUAUAAACAAGUUAGAUAACCUUACAUGUGAUGAUAUUAAUUUGGAGAAGGAGGGGAGAAAAAAAGUUCUAUACAUUAGUAAAAAAUCAAAAGGGAAGAACAUAUCUGCUCAUGAGGAAGUGAUCAAGUCGCAGGUAAAGGGAGAGGAGAAGCUUAGGGAAAGCAAAAUAAAAGAUGCAACGUAUGUGGAAGGUGGUGUGAGGAGAAGUGGGCCAUUUGAUGUGCAGGAAGACAGUCACCAUGGCAGUCAGGACCAUGCUAGUGAUCGUCAGGACGGUGGUAGUUACACCAGCAGUUGUAGCAGCAGUUACAGCAGUGAAGUGGAUGAAGCAGAAAGUGCCCCACAGGAUUUCCUUCCCAAAGCGGAAAAGGAUGAAAAGGGUGACUCAGUUAAUGUCCACUCGUACUCGCACACCGAGAGAAAGAAAAAGAAAGAGAAGACAAAAAAAAAAAAAAGGAACACCAGCCAACGCAGAAGCGGUCAACGCGGCAAUGGUCAAAGGAUGACCAGCCGAAGGAUGUGCACACAACGGAGCGACCUCUUAGGAGAAAUAGAAAAUUACUACGUAAUCUCAAAGCUCAGGAGAAAAAUGGAAGAAUACAAAAGUGUAAACGACAUUAAAAUUAUAAUCAGGCAAGGGAAUUCUAAUCUCUUAGGGAUGGUGCAAAAUAUUGAUGGUAUUAUCAAUGGCUAUAAAAAGAUUAAAGACGAAUUAGAUAAGGUAGAGAAGAACAAGCAAUAUAUUUACGAUACUUUCUACUCAAUUUUUUUGAACUAUUAUUCUAGGUAUGAAGAAUUGAAAAUAAUAAAGGGAAACAAGAGAAGAGUAGAACGCCAUUUGAAGUUCUACACCAACGUAGACCAUUUUGAGAAGGUACUGAACCACAUGGAGAAAAACGAAUAUGCGUAUUUUAUUGAGAUGCAUAAUAAUUCUUUGAAAAAAAAUGCAAGGAAGGAAUAUGCAGGGGAAGUGCGCCGGGGAGGGGUACUUGAAAUGGAUGACCAAAGCGAUUAUGAUGAGAGCGAAACCGACUCUGGAGAUGAAGGAGAGAUGGAAAUGGACAAUUGGGCCGAGGAAAAUAUACACAAAUGGGUAACCUCAUACGGUACGGAAGGGGGAGACACAGACGGUGAGGAAAAAAGGGGAGAGGAUGAAAGGAGCUACGAAAUUGAUAACUAUUUACCUAGUGUAUCGGAAAAGGAGGAAGAGGUAAGCUUGACUGUCGGAGGAUAUGCUACUGGUGGGGGCCAAGAUCACGAUGAAGGAGGAGUUGAAAGGGGUAUACUUAAUGGAGGGAUCGAAACAGAGAAAUCUCCGUUGGAUGAAAACGCUGGAGUUGACGAAAAACAGGGGAGUAACAAAUACGUCGUACAGCGUCCAAACAGAGGGGUUUGUGCUAUGAGGGGAAAUUCCUUGAGGGAGCAACUGCGCAAUCAUAUCUGGUGGGCAAAAAAGAUGAAAAGAAGGAUCUCAGCGGGUGGAACAUUAAAUGGUGUAGGAAUGGGUGGAGGACACAGCGCAAUAGACUUCGCAUCGAACGGAGGGGUGCCUUGUGACACCAUAAACCAGGCACGACGCGGCAAAACCAAACGGCGGAGCGAGAACGAAAUUUGCCAAAUGUUGCACUUUUCCGAAAAGGCUAUAAUGUUCUUCAAGAAAAAUGGUACCUAUUUACACGCCAAGGCUAAAUUGAAUAAAUACCAGUCCAUCAUAAGGCGUAUUUUGAAAUAUGUUAUUAAUCUGUUCAGGGAUGUUCUAAACAACGCAGAGUUGAAUAUACCCGAUGGUAGAGGGGGUGAGAGCUUAGGUCCAUAUGGCACCUCAUCCUUUGAUCACAAUUGCAAAGAGGCGAGCGCGUUCAGGGAGUUAAGCUGUAGGGGGGAGUGGUGGGAUGACAGUACCCUGCGAAGAGACAACCCCAUUGGGGGCAAGGAUCUCUCGGCUGAUACAUCUUACAAUACCCUCAGCGCGAAAAGAUUACAUGGAGAAGACAACUAUAUGAACAAUUUCAAAUCUGACAAUAUGAGAGACACCCCUGAACGCAUAAAUGAUGAGAAAGAUGAAGUAAAGAAUACACAACAGGAUGAGAUAGCUAAUUUGAGGGAGGUGCAAAACCUCUCUUGCGAAGAAGACGAAAUGGAAGAUAAUCAAAUCUAUAAGAACAUAAGCAUGAUAUAUUUUAGCAAAUAUAUAAAUGAAUUGGAGUACUACAAAAAGUUCAAAAUAAAAUGUAGCUGCAUGCGAGAUGUAAUAUACUUCAUUUAUGAAAAAACACUGGUGGAUGAAAAUAAUUUAUACACGGAGGAAUAUAACAAUCUAGAAAAUAUCUACGUAAGUACAAGGGUAAAGUUAUUGAACAGUAAUGUACUAAGCAGUAAUGUACUGAGCAAUUUUGAGUACCUACUGAAGAGCGAUGUUUGCAAGUAUAUAAGGAAUGUUUGCCUGUUGGCAAUGUACGUUUCUAAACUAGAGGUGGACUUGUACACAUACAUAUUCAAUAACAACCUUAACAAUUCCGUUAAUAUCAUUUUGAAUAACAUUGGAUUGUGUAUAUUCGACUAUAUACAUGAUUGCAUCCACCAACUUAACAACAUACAGUUAAUUAGAAAAAUUAUCCGAACCAUUUAUGUAGAUAUCAUCGACACGUAUAGUGAUAAUUCGUAUCGAAUCAUUUGUGAUUACUUAAGAAAAAUUUGUAAAAUUCUGAAAGACAAAUUACUCUACGUGAUAGAGGUUUAUAUUUCCUACUACACCAAAAAUACCAGUGCUUCUUUACCCUAUGUGUGCUUCCACCCUCUGAGGAAAAAAUUUAUCAACAUAGUGAAUAACUUUUUGUAUGAUGAAUAUCUCCUCACGGGUAAUGCGCAUACUGAGGCAGAGUCAUCCUUGAAAAUCAGACGCGGGGCACCGGAAAACGAGGAGCAAAACGGACAGGUGAAUAGUUUGUUUUUUCUUACCGGGAGUAAUAACCUAAUUGAUAAGAGUGUACCAUCGGGAGGUAAAUCCGAACCAGUGGGUAGUUCUGACAAUGGGGCGGAGGCGAAACCAAUGAGUGAUGACCCUCACAACGUGGGUGAUCCCUCCAGGGAGAGCACAAGCAGUAUGAACAUCGUUCAAAGUGGGAACAGCGUUGAACGUGGAAAGAACAUUGACAGUGGUAAUAGUGUUGAAAGCGUAGACAGUCGGGAUAGCCUGGAAAGCUUCACCAGUGGAAGCCACGCGGUGCAGAGCGAAUGUAACAAGAACGUUCUAAAUGAGAAGGAUGUAUACAAGCCCUUUUCCUUCCACCGCAGGGAAUUUAAUAAGGACUCCGAAUUCGGUCUGUGCGGUAUAGACCUAAAUAUUAUUGGUACCAUCCUAAUUCUGAAGACAAUAAAUUUUAUAAUAGACGAAGAGACACUAUUGGAGCUAUUCAGAGAGUGUCUAGAAAAUAGCUACAAUUCAAUAACAUUUAUUUAUAAGGAGCACAUGAAAAAUCAUCCUCAGGACAUGUUUAAUGGCGCUCUUUAUUUAAUCAAAAAUUUAAGUCUUUUGGUAUAUUUGUUUUUCAAAGUUACAAAGGAUAGUGAGUUCCUCCGCUUUUACCUGCACAGAGGAUUAACUGAACAACUCCUCUUUGGGGAAUCUCCAAAAGAAUGGAUAAUGGAGAACUAUAGUGGAAAUGUGAAAAAGGAAGGCGACAAAGUGGGGGCCGAAAAUGAAAAUUCAAUUUUGUACUUCUUCAAAAGGGUGUACAAUAUGUCUUCGCAGAACGACAUACAAAACAGAAUCUUGGCCGCCUUCAACGAUGCCAUUUAUAACUUUACUGUAGCGACAGUGUCAAGGGUCUGUUUCCCCUUGAUUAAAAUUCUCUCCAUGGAAUACAAAGAAUGUGCGAUUGAGAAGGAGGAAGAAAUUAAGAAAACGACUCAGGAUUUUUUGAAUGCAAAAAGAAGUUGCAAAUCAGAUUUGCAAGUUGGACACGAAAAAGUGGAGUUCUCCUUUUUGCGCGAAAUAAACUUUGACCUGCUGAAGGAGUACGCAGAAAAGGUUACGAACGAGCGGAGUACAGAAGCAGCCAAUUGCUCCAACCUCGAUGACGUAAAAAAGAGCCUCCAGUCGUUUAAGCAAAACGUUUUUAACUUAUUUCCAAGGAUAUAUUUUUAUGUGAAGUUAUUUAUUUACUCCAAUACGGAAAAGCCAAAAGAGAAUGACUUUUUCCCUGGACUGUUUUCCCACAUCGUGGGUCUGCUGACGUACAAAAUUGUGGGCCUGCUCAGCGAGGUAUACCUCAUCAUAAGGCUCAAGUAUGCAGACCAAGUGGAAGCCAUAUUUGAAGAGAACUAUGUCAACGACAUUUUCCUCUUUCUGAAUUCGAGCGAGCGAUAUAUCUGCUCCUUUUCGGACAUCCACCAGUACUUGGACACAAACAAGAAUUACAGCAUUUGGGGGGAGUAA